AUAAAGCGCCUCUUCCCAAUAGAUUAGCAUAAUUUAAAUCAGCGAACAAGAACUGUGGCGUUUCACAUGUGGAUAGCCUGCUGCGAUCACAACAUUUAGCUUGAUUUUUUAAACAACAGAAAAGAAAUAAAGCCAGGAGGACCAUGGCUUCCAGCUGCCGCAGACCUGAACACACAGCUCCGCCAGACGUGUUCUACAAUGAAGAUGAAGCAAAGAAAUACUCCCAGAACUCUCGGAUGAUUGAGAUCCAGACUCAGAUGUCGGAGAGAGCAGUGGAGCUGCUAGGCCUGCCAGAGGGACAGGCUUGCUUCCUGUUAGAUGUUGGGUGUGGAUCUGGUCUCAGUGGAGAUUACCUAACAGAGGAGGGACACUACUGGGUCGGAGUCGACAUCAGCUCCGCCAUGCUCGAUGUUGCGCUGGACAGGGAGGUGGAGGGAGACCUCCUGCUGGGGGAUAUGGGUCAUGGCAUGCCUUUUCGGCCGGGCACGUUCGACGGCUGCGUCAGCAUCUCUGCGCUGCAGUGGCUCUGUAAUGCCGACAAACGGUCGCACAGUCCACCAAAGAGACUCUACACUUUCUUCAGUACCCUCUACUCGUCUUUGGCCAGAGGAUCUCGGGCAGUUUUUCAGCUUUAUCCUGAAAACUCAGAGCAGCUUGAACUCAUUACCUCUCAGGCCAUGAGGGCGGGUUUCAGUGGAGGCAUUGUGGUGGAUUACCCAAACAGCACCAAGGCUAAAAAAUUCUUCCUUUGUCUGUUCGCUGGUGGGACGGGAGUUCUUCCCAAAGGUUUGGGGUCAGAAACGUCAGACAGAACUGUUGCAAACCAGGUUCAGUAUUCAGGACAAAGAUGUCGGUUUAAUAACAUGAAAGGGAAAUCGGUGAAGAAGGGUCGAGACUGGAUAAUGGAGAAAAAGGACAGACGAAGACGACAAGGAAAGGACGUUCGACCCGACACGAAAUACACCGGACGUCAGCGGAGACCUCACUUCUAGCUGUGACUCAUGCAGCUGCUCCAUCAUUAGCUCUGUCUCUUUCUCCCUCUCUCUCUCACACACACACACUCAUGAAGUGUCCCCUGGAGCUGUGGCUUGAUUGGACUUUUCAGGUCUCUAAUUCAAGUGGACAAAACGCAAGGCGAUAAAUUACACCAAAUUGCUUUUUAUAUUUUAUCAAGUGCUUUGAUGUUUUGUCAAAAGCUGUAAGGAGAUGCAGUUUUCAGUUUGAGUUGAAGACCGAAUAUGAGCUGCUACGAAACAAACAAACAAAAAAAUAAAAUAAAACAGAAGCAAUGUUAUCCUAUUAAAAAUGCUUUUAAAUUAAA